GGUGAACCAUCAGGCUCAACUGUCGUAACUACUACUACCGCCACUACUCAUUCACAUUACACACACUAGUUGCUCUGUACCUUCAAUUUCACUCCUUCCCCCCAUUUCCCUUCUUUCUCUCUCUCACACACACAACACAAUCACGCCAAAUUCGCCGAUCCCAUCUCUCUCUCUCUCUCUCUAAAACAGCUCCAUGAAUCUCGCAAAUAUAUCUAUAUCUAUAUCUAUAUGUUCACUGUUACUGUUACUAAUUUCAUCCACCGACGCAUCACUCCACGUGUACGAUCGAGAUCCGUUCCGAGAAGUCGGUAAUGCCUACCUAGUCUCCGGCGGCAGCGAAGGUCUCGCCGCAUCUCGUACCGCCAUUCCCCUCCCUCGUCAUUCACCUCCAACCACCGUCAAUGACGGCCGUUCCUAUAUUCGAUUUCAGAACAUCACAUUUCGGAGAACCGAAGCAUCUGCAGCCAAGUAUUCAAAAAAUGAACGUCGUACUGGACUGGUACAAGUUAUUAUAUUUGAGGCUUCUGAUCGUGAUAACAUUGGUGGGUCACCUUAUGGUGGGCAGAGAUCUAUAUGUUGCACUCCGGAUCUAGCUAAGGUGGAAGGCUGUAAACAAGGGGAAGUUAUUAGGAUUCCUUCUGCAAGAGAUCCUAACUGGCCUGUCACUGUCAAUGUCUAUUUUCGUGGGAAAUCCUUAACGGCACAAUUGAAAACUACAGAGGCUUACAUCAGAAAAACGGGAAUGUACAACUUGUUUUUCAUAUCAUGCGAUCCAAGCCUCAAAGGGAUGACAUUGAGUGGUCAAACCUCGUGGAAGAACACUGAUGGCUAUUUACCUGGAAGGAUGGCCCCACUAAAGAAGUUUUAUGUCAUAAUGGCUCUUGCGUAUGCACUGCUUUGUAUUGCCUGGUUUACUCAAUAUGUGAGGUUUUGGGAUGAUGUCUUGCAACUUCAACACUGCAUUAGUGCGGUAGUUGCUGUUGGGUUCUUUGAAAUGAUACUUUGGUACUUUGACUAUGCAUAUUUUAACAACACGGGGACAAGACCAGUUGCGCUUACAUCUUGGGUUGUGACUGUGGGAUCUGUAAGGAAAACCGUUUCACGCCUACUUAUGUUGUGUGUUUCCAUGGGCUAUGGCGUUGUGCGUCCUACACUUGGAGGACUUACCACAAAAGUUAUGCUUAUUGGAGUAACUUACUUUCUAUCAACGGAAUUAUUGAAUAUUACGGAGUAUGUGGGAACCAUAAGUGACAUAGCUGGAAGAGCAAGAUUAGUUCUUGUCCUUCCGAACGCACUGCUGGAUGCAUUUUUGAUCAUGUGGAUUUUCACUUCCCUUUCAAAGACCCUUACACAGCUACAGGCAAAGAGAAGUUCUGUUAAGCUGGAUACGUACAGGAAGUUCUCAAAUGCAUUAUUAAUCACAGUUGUUCUUUCAGUUGUUUGGAUUGCAUAUGAGGUUUAUUUCAAGGCAACCGAUCCUUUCAACGAGAGAUGGCAGAGUGGCUGGAUUAUCACAGCAUUCUGGGACAUUCUUGCAUUCGCAUUACUCUGUGUUAUCUGCUAUCUUUGGGCCCCAUCACAGAGUUCUCAAAGAUAUGCAUACUCAGAAGAAAAAGGGGAAGAUUCUGAUGGAGAAGAAACCGAAGCAUUGUACAGUGGAACCCCCCAAGGUGACAUUAGCUUAGUCAAACAAGAAAGAAGAGAGAAGAAUGGUCAUAACAGGGAUGAAUUUGAUUUAGAGGAGAGUGAUGAAGAAGAGGAAGGCAAAAGAGAAUAAUCCCCAAAUUGUAUUCAUUUGUUACAAAAAAACAAACACAACAUUGCAAACUUAUGUACAGAUUUGAUGCCAAAAGGAAUGAAGCAACUUUUGAUAUAGGGAGAAAAGAAUGCAACAGGCCUUUCACUUCAAUAUUGUUGAAUUAUUUUUGAUUUUCUUUGUCUGCGAGUUUUGGGUUAAAUCAGUGUCGAGCUGAACUUGGUAAACGAGAGAGUGACUUGUAUGUUUUUGGUCUCCAUUUCUAAAUUAGUUGUCUGCUCAUAUGAUUUAGUGAAUGAGAACAUGAUUAAUUGUAAUAAACUGGGAAUAGCUUAAAUUCGAUUUAUUACAAUUUUGUAAAAAUUAA